GAGUGAAACGCUGAGCAGCUGGAUGCCAGCAGGGCUGCAAAUGCACGAGUCUCCUGGAGUUCAGCAAUAAGCAGAUGCAUGUUGUCAUAGCAAUAACCACUGAGGACCCCCCUCUCCUCUGUUUGACAAGUCAGGACUUCAUCUUGUUGGGAGAUGAAACACAGAAGAACCCGUUUGACUCAAAGUCCAAAAACGAUCAUUUCUCCUUAACCUGUCGUCCUCACAUGCAGACAUCCCCAGGCACUCCUCCUUACUAACCACUGCAUCAUCUUGUAACGCUGGGAGUUACAGAGAGGAUGAUGAGAAGAGAUCCUGCGUGUGUGUGGGCAACGUUAGUUCAGCGGCAGCAGUUUGGUGGAGAUGGAGACAACUACGUGAUACAAAGGUAUUUCUUCCCUGGAUAGCAGGACGUCAGGUAAGAUGGGCAUGCGUGCGGUCUUCUACUACCUGGCGACCACCCUGAUUGCGGUGUUUAUUGGCAUUGUGAUCGUCAUGAUCAUCCGACCGGGAAAAGGCAACCGGGACAGUCCGCUGCUCAAAAGUGAAAAUAUUGAACCAGUUCAGGCUACUGAUGCUUUUCUGGACCUCAUCAGGAACAUGUUUCCUCCCAAUUUGGUAGAAGCGUGCUUUAAGCAGUAUAAAACUGUGUACAAGAAGAUAGUCCACACAAGGAACAUGACCAUGACUCUGAACCUCACAGACUCUCUGAAUGUAACAGAAUCUAAUCUGACCAUGAAAGUCAGCAAGCUUCUGCACACCAUACAAGAGACGGUGGAAGAAACCGUUCCUGUGUCUGGUUCCUCUGAUGGAGUAAAUGCUCUGGGUCUAGUUGUCUUCUCCGUGCUCUUCGGUCUGGUUAUUGGCAACAUGAAGCAGCAGGGCCAGGCUCUUCGAGACUUCUUUGAUUGCUUAAACGAAGCCAUCAUGAGGCUGGUAGCCAUCAUCAUCUGGUACGCUCCAGUCGGAAUCAUGUUUCUGAUUGCAGGGAAAAUAGUGGAGAUGAAGGACCUGGCAGAAGUGGGUGGUCAGUUGGGGAUGUACACGGUAUCUGUCAUUGUGGGACUUCUCAUCCACGGACUCUUUGUCCUGCCGCUGCUCUACUUUCUGGUGACCAGGAAGAACCCCUACAGUUUCAUCGGUGGCCUGCUGCAGGCUCUCAUCACUGCUUUGGGGACAUCAUCCAGCUCCGCUACCCUUCCCAUCACUUUUCGAUGUCUUGAAGAAAACAACCACGUGGACAAACGAGUAACACGUUUCGUCCUUCCUGUGGGCGCCACCAUCAACAUGGAUGGCACCGCCCUCUACGAAGCUGUGGCUGCCAUUUUCAUCGCUCAAGUUAACAACUUGGACCUGAACUUUGGCCAGAUUCUUACCAUCAGCAUCACGGCAACUGCUGCCAGCGUCGGAGCAGCGGGCAUCCCUCAGGCUGGCCUGGUUACCAUGGUGAUCGUGCUGACAUCGGUGGGACUGCCCACAGAGGACAUAACACUGAUCAUCGCUGUGGAUUGGUUCUUGGAUCGUCUGCGGACCACUACCAACGUGCUGGGAGACUCGCUUGGGGCCGGCAUCGUGGAACACCUUUCCCGCUCCGAGCUGCAGAAUCGAGAUGCCGAGGUGCGAAACUCUGUGAUCGAGGAGAACGAGAAGCCCUACCAGCUUAUCUGCCAGGAGAAUGACUCGUUCAGCCACCCCAACAGUGAGACCACAAUGUGAAGUCAGUGGUUUCACCCUAACGAUCUUCACACGCCAAAAGUAUUUUAGCUGAGGUUGGUACCAUGACAGUAGAAAUGGUUAUCUUAAACAACUGAGUCAGUAAGUACCUCCCAAAAUACAGAAGACACACAUUAAAACAUCACAACGCCUUGUCAACUUGACAGAAAAAUCCCAUGAUGUUUAUUAGUUACACAUCCAGAGGAAGUCCCUCUGACUCUUCAGGCUCAUUAAAGCAUGAAAAUGUUAAUAUAGAUAGUUUUUCGAACCACCUGAAUUUGGAGUAAUAUAGUGGAGGAUGAUGAGCUAAUGGCUAGUCCAAGCAGGAUCAAAACCAAAGUGGAUUCCAAGCACCUAAAACAGCUCCAACCUAAAUUUCAUGGCCGUUCACACAAACACUGUUUUAGUAAUAUUUACACCAACCCCCAUUUCACAAUCUGUUUGUGUAAUUUUAUUAUUAUUAUUAUUAUUCAUUUUUUGUAAACACAAACAGCAGCAUCUA